AUGACAGAUCUCAAUAUGGCUGCAGUGAUGUCGCUCUCUGGACGAGUAGGCCUUGUUACAGGUGGAGGAACAGGGAUAGGAUUUACUAUUGCCAAAGCCUUUGCUGCAAAUGGAGCAAAGGUAUACAUCACUGGGCGACGGCUGAACGUGUUGAAGGAAGCCGCUGCGUCUGUUACAGGUGUUCCGGGAUCUCUUGUCCCACUCCGGAUGGACGUGACAGAUGAGGAAAGUGUCAAGGCUGGCGCAAAACAUAUCGAAGGAAUCGACGGCAAGCUCGAUGUCCUCGUCAACAAUGCAGGAUUUGCUGCCUCCUUUAGCGAUCCCGACUUUGUUGCAAAGGCAUCCAUCGCAACAGAUCCCCUUGAACUCGAGACGGUACAGAACUGGAUGGAUAUUUUUGCACUCAACACUAUUGGGCCGUUCUUUGUUGUGCGCGCUUUCCAAUCUCUCCUCGUCAAAGGAGCACACUCCCGUCCCCAAGGCAUGUCAAGUGUCAUCAAUAUUAGUAGCGCGACCGCAAAGAUAAACAUGACUGCGUACAUAGGUUGUAUGGCGUAUGGUGCGACGAAAGUAGCCUUGGAGAAGCUUACCCUCGUGCUUGCGACGAGCUUUUCCCAGAGGGAUAUCCCGAUCCGAGUGAAUGUGCUGCAGCCUGGUGCGUUUGCGUCGCAGCUGGCAAAUCCUGAUUUUGUUGAGACGAUCAAGACGAAGCCACCGCCUGGGCUUGUUGCGCCAGUGCCUGCGAGAAGGCAUGGAAAUGAUGCCGAGAUGGGAAUGACAGCGAUUUAUUUAGCAGUCUCGGACUACACGAAUGGAGCGAUCUUGACCGUUGAUGGUGGAGUAUCGCUGGUAAAUCCAUGA